AUGUCAGACUCCACCAAUGUUGCAACCCACCCAACCCACCUCGGGUCAUCCGUCGUCCAUUCAGAGCAGCGAGAUGCUCUCUGUGAAGCUAUCCUUUCCUCGUCAAACAGGCUGCUGCACUCUACCCGCAUGAGGGCUUUCUCUCGUGACCUUGUUCCUGACAUUUUCUUUCUCCGCUUGAUAUCCUGGCAGUUACCUUGGAGACAGCUUUUUGCGAAGAAUGCGAUGGACAAGGGUUUUUGGAGCCCCAAAUCCACGGACCACCACCGACGAUGCAGGAUAUCUUUCCUUGGCGGGUCUUUUGUGGUUGGAACGGGGGAUUAG